CCGCAUUUUUCAGAAGGGCUGCGCACUUCCUGUUUGCUGUCAACACAGUGUUAGUGAUGGCGUUUUUCACUCGAUCACUGCAGGACUUGCCAACAAUAUCUGUUAAUGAUGUCUACAGAAUUAUUCAGACUUUCUCGAAAGCGCCCACAUCUAAAAAGGACAAAGGAUUCAAGCUUUAUGUGUCCAACUACAUAAAUAAGUACGAAGUUUCAAACAAGGAGGCAGGAGAAGUCACAGUUAGGGCUGAGUGUUUCCAGUCAAUGAGGAAAAGCCAGAAGCCCCACUGUUUGAGUAUGGUGCUGAGGGAAUCAAAGCCGGUGGAGUUUCAGGGAUGUCAGUGCACCUGUGUGGCAGGUACAGUCCUGUGCAGCCAUGUGGCAGCUCUGCUUUUCCAGACGGCUCACUACUCCCAGUUGAAGCUUCCAGCUGUUCCUCCAGUCCUAAGCUGCACAGACACCGAACAAAAGUGGCAUAAACCGAGGACAAUGGGCAUAAAACCUGGUCCAGUUAAGGACAUGGUCGUCCUGUCAGCAAAACCAAGAGAGAGGAAAAUCUUUGAAGGAAUUAGAAGCAACUUGUAUAAAGGCACUACCAGCCCUCUGCCACUCAUCUCGACCCUAAGGAUACAGGAUGUGUACCGGGGACUUCCAGCUGAAGAAGCGCCAAUUAUCACCACAAUGGCUGUCUCCAAUGAUGUCCCUCUUGUUGACUCUUUGUUUGGUCUGGUGGGACUGGACGUGGAAGAGGUUGGCGUGCUGGUGGUCGUGCAUGGGGAGGCAUGGCGCGUGGACGAGGUGGCUGGGGUGCACCAGGGCAAAGGAACCUACAAGACGAAAUCUGUUACAACUGUGGGAGACCUGGCCAUCGGGCCAGACAGUGCAGAGCCCCACCCAUGCAGGGGAGUAAAGGCGGAGGGUCACAAGACCUGGAAGCCCUGGCUCAUCAGUAUGCGUGCCUACAUUUCUCCUGCUGACCUGCCUCACGUCACCCUCUUCUAUGACCGGGAACACACAGACUGGUACCAAGAAGCCUUCUCAUCUGAACUUGAGGAAGGCGAGCCUCACCAAUGUGAAGAGCUGGUGGUCAAGCUGGAGAAAGUGAGGCCAGAUCUAGAAGCAUCCCCACUUUGGGGAAUACAGGAAGAUCCAGAGUAA